GCAACGCAAAAGUGGCUACUUGUGCGAAAUUCAAAAGAAUAGAUUCAGUGAUGGCUGGAGUGAAUUUCGAGAUUUCAAAGAAGGUAUACACAUGUGGAAUGUGCGAGACAAUUCUUGGCGAAGAUGACGUAAAUAUCCACGAAUGUUUCGUGAAUUAUCCAUCACUUUUUUGUGAUAAAAACACCCUUUAUUUGUAUCCUCAUUGUGUGAAAAAAAAACGAAGUAGUUCUGGUUGUGAAGAAGACGUGAUGAAACAAAUAGCGAAGGCCUUGCAGACCCCACAACCAACACUGCCAUUGCCGACUAUACCUGUUUUUGACGAAGUUGACAACUUUACUUCGAUGAUCGCCCAUCAGCUACGACAGUUCGUGCAAUUCCGCAGACGCGAAAUAAUGUUAAAAAUUCAUCAACUCAUGCAUACUGAAUCAUUGCAUGAGAAUAAUAUGUUAUAA